AUAAGAGCAAUUAGUUGUACGGACGGGCAGCCUCAAUUUGCCGGCCGCGGAAGCCUCUCCACCGUGCCUGCUGAACGGAAGAGAAGGUUUCUUGAUUUUGUGGGGUACCAGAGACUUUUCGAUGUUCCCGUUUAUUGGAUGGGCCCGUGGCUUGGUGGCGUGGGUGGUUGCCGAAAAAGAUCCUGCCCUUGUUCUCCGAAGAGAAACAGGAAGCGGGGGACGUCGUUGAGUCUCCACGUUUAUUACCUCAGUAGCUCGUAGUUCUAUUCACGCAUUUCCAUCUUCCAUCUCCGCCUCCGUCUCCUCCUUCGGCUCCGCUUUCUAUCUUCACCACUUCCGCAUCUGCAUUUUAGGAGCUGUUCAAUUUCAAUAUGGCCGACGAAGUUCUUCCGGCCGUUGUGUGCGACAACGGAUCCGAUACGGUGAAGGCCGGAUUUGCCGGAGAUGAUGCGCCGCGUGCUGUGUUCCCGACCAUUGUUGGUCGUCCUAGAACGUCGGGUUCGAUGGUAGGAAGGGAUGUCAAGGAUGCUUACGUUGGCGACGAUGCGCAGUCCAAGCGUGGACUGUUGACGCUGAGGUGUCCGAUUGAUCGCGGCAUUGUGACGAACUAUAAUGACAUGGAAAUGGUUUGGCACCACACUUUCUACAACGAGCUUCGUGUCACUCCAGAGGAGCGUCCGGUGCUCCUGACUGAAGUUCCUCUGAAUCCUCAUGCGAAUCGAGAGAUGAUGACGCAGAUGAUGUUUGAGACUUUCAAUGUGCCGGCAAUGGCUGUCGCCAUUCAGGCUGUGCUCUCUCUGUAUGCCAGCGGCCGCACCACGGGUCUUGUUCUGGACUCGGGUAAAAGUGUGACACACGCUGUCCCCAUAUUUGAGGGUCAAGCGCUGACGGAUGCAGUUCUUAGUGUGGAUAUUGGUGGUUUUGAUUUGUCUGACUACCUGCUGAAGACCCUGCUUGAGAAAGGUUACUCUGCUGAGCGGGACAGUGCGAGGGCUAUCAAGGAGAAUCUCGCAUUCGUUGCCAUGGAUUAUGAGGCGGAGCUGCAUGCUGAUGCACAGAACUCGUCCUCUUUUGAGAAGAGCUACGAGCUUCCUGAUGGCCAGGUGGUUACUCUUAGUAACGCGCGCUUCAUGUGCCCAGAACCGCUGUUCAAACCCUCGAUGCUUGGCAAGGAAGGCCUAGGUAUCCACGAGUUGUGCUACGAAUCCACCAUGAAGUGUGACGGCGACAUCAGGAAGGACUUGUACAGCAACAUUGUGCUAAGCGGUGGUACUACAAUGUUCCCUGGACUCGCUGAUCGUUUGGCGACGGAGAUCACCAAGCUUGCUCCAAGCACCAUGAAGGUUGAGGUUAUUGCUCCAGCUAAGCGGAAGUACCUUACCUGGAUUGGUGGAUCUAUGAUUGCGUCUCAGAGCAACUUCAAGUGGAUUUCCAAGGGCGAGUAUGAAGAGUCUGGCUCAUCCAUUGUGCACAGGAAGGGUUGAUGUGCCAUAUUGUGAUGACGUAUGGCUGGCAGGCUUUCAAUUUGGAGUAGUAACCAGCUGCACCUUAGGAAAUGAUGUUUUCAUGCGUGGUGCCACCUUUCUCGUAUGUGGCACAUUUGUAGACCACUUGUAUUCCGAUUUGCAUUCAUCAGAAUCCUGCUAGUUGUG